UCCGGUGUCUUCUGGGACACAUGACAGGUCCCAAAAUAUGCCGGGCCAUUCACAAAGCGCAGCGCUUCUCGUGCAUGCACAGUCCACAGUGUCUGGUCAUGCCCUGUACUGUCUGCAGUCUCUGGUCAUCCCCUGUACUGUCUGCAGUCUCUGGUCAUCUGUACUGUCCGCAGUCUCUGGUCAUCUCCUGUACUGUCCGCAGUCUCUGUUCAUCCCCUAUACUGUCCGCAGUCUCUGGUCAUCUCCUGUACUGUCUGCAGUCUCUGGUCAUCUGUACUGUCCGCAGUCUCUGGUCAUCUCCUGUACUGUCCGCAGUCUCUGUUCAUCCCCUAUACUGUCCGCAGUCUCUGGUCAUCCCC